AUAUCUUUUAGUUUGGACUUUAUAAACUUUAUGGAUUUCACUUCAGAUUUUAAUGGUGCGAAAUAGCUAGUUAGCAAGAUACCCGUUUUGUUUUCUUAGUUAUUUUCAGUAAAAAGUAUUACAACACUUUCGGUGUAAUGCCAUGACCACAAAAAAAGUGAAAAACAUAUAAACAGUUAUUACACGUGUGGCCAUGUUGGGACCUCCAAAUCUGUUGGCUCUGGAGAUUAUAUUUUGAUAUAAAGAAGCACAAAAACGUGGUGUUACCGACUCACCAGUGAAAGGUUUCUCAUUCGAAGUCAACUAGGGCGGCUUUCACACCUCCCUCCCUUCUAGAGGGAUAACAAAAUUUAGCAUCUCCGUUUCAUUAAUUAACUAAUUAGAGAUAAGUAUCUAGCUGCAGUACAUAUUAUGAGUUUUAUAGUACGAAAAAGAUUUAUAUACCUAAACUGCUGUCGAUUCUUUUAACCUGAGAACCAUUUUAUAUAGGUUUUUGGUGGUAGAGAAAGCGAAUAGAAAGAUGAAAACCUUGAAAAACUAGGUUAUAGUACUGUAAAAUCAAAAAUAGAAAGAUAAAUAUCUACUUUGUCAUAUUUACAUGGCAUUUCUUCAAAUAAGAAUUGGGUUGUUGUAAGCAUUCGCUAUUAACCAUUUGCUUCUCCUCUUGUCACCUUCCGAUUACAUGAGUGGAGAGUUUUUCUUAAAGUAACUUGCUAGCUUUAGCUAAAAGAAAUAAAGUAGUUAACUUAUUGUAUGAAAAAAGCAAAUAGCUUUCUUUCAAGAUUUAAAAAAAAAAAAAAAAAAAGAAAGUAUUUGAAGGCUUUGAUAUUACAAAAAGAGCUAAGUGAAAGUCCAACUUGUAUUUGUUGAUAAGUACAUUUUCUCGUCAUGUGCAUGCACUUGUUGAAAAAUAAAGGAAAAGUAAAUCUUUUCUAAAAAAAAUGAUUUGUCUUUUCUUUGGCUUUAAUUAUCGAAGAAAUUAUUUCCUCUAAAAGUUUUUUUUGUUUCUUUUGUUCCACUCUUCUCUUUUCCCAUGAAGCUUCGAUACGCUUUUUGACGAGUCAAAUACUCAAAUGUGAAAACGCAUGAAGAUUCGAAGAAAAUUCGUUGAUCUCGAUCAAACCCAGAACAAAUCGACAAACCAAAGUAUUGGGGCCCAGUGGGCCCAUUGACGAAGUUGUCUAUACAAUACAAAUUAGUAAAAGAGACUCUUUGAGUGUAAUUUUGUUUCAAUUUGGUUUCUCGCGCCCGCCAUUAUCAAACACUCCUCCGGCACUUUCGAAUGUGAAGAAGAAACAAAGUUUCCACUUAACUCAACCACCGCCACGCCUCCCCUUCGGCUAAAACUCACCGACAUGUCUCCGUCAUCUCGGAACUUAGGCUUCUUCUCCUUCCUCGUCUUCUCUCUGUUUUCCAUCGUUUCCUCCGACGACCUCCAAACCCUACUCAACAUCAAAUCCUCCCUCCUAACCUCAAACCCCGGCGCUUUAGAUUCAUGGAAGCUGAACUCCAAUCACUGCAGCUUCACCGGAGUAACCUGCGACUCCACAAACUCCGUCACAGAGAUCAACCUCUCUCAUCAAACCUUAUCCGGAACCUUCCCGUUCCAUUCACUCUCCGCUCUCAAGAAUCUCCAAAAGCUCUCUCUCGGAUUCAACUCCCUCUCGGGAACCAUCCCAACCGAUAUGAACAACUGCACGAAUCUCACCUACUUAGAUCUCGGCAACAACCUCUUCUCAGGAUCCUUCCCCGACUUCUCCUCUCUAAGUCAGUUACAGUAUCUCUACCUAAACAACAGCGCGUUCUCUGGCGUUUUCCCUUGGGAAUCGCUACGAAACGCAACGAAACUCGUCGUUUUGAGUCUAGGCGAUAAUCCGUUUAAUACGACGCCGUUUCCUGAAGAGGUUGUUACGCUGAGGAGUCUCUCGUGGCUCUACUUGUCUAACUGCAGCAUCACGGGCAACAUCCCUCCGGCUAUCGGAGACUUGACGGAGCUUCAGAAUCUGGAGAUCUCCGAUAGUACCCUCACCGGAGAGAUUCCGCCGGAGAUAGUGAAACUCACGAAACUCCGGCAGCUCGAGGUUUACAACAACAGCUUGACCGGGAAGCUUCCUCUCGGAUUCGGGAGCUUGACGAAUCUGACUCUCUUGGACGCUUCCACGAACUAUCUAGAGGGAGAUUUAUCGGAGUUAAGAACUCUGAUCAACCUCGUUUCUCUACAGCUCUUCGAAAACAGAUUCUCCGGGGAGAUUCCGGUUGAGUUCGGCGAGUUUAAAGAUCUGGUCAAUCUUUCUCUGUACACGAACAACUUAACCGGUUCUCUCCCUCCGAAACUCGGUUCUCUAUCUGAUUUUGAUUUCAUCGAUGCGUCGGAGAAUCGUCUAACCGGACCGAUCCCUCCGGAUAUGUGCAAGAGAGGGACGAUGAAAGCUCUCCUCCUCUUGCAAAACAAUCUCACAGGCUCCAUACCCGAGUCCUACGGGAACUGUUCGACUCUUGAGAGUUUCAGAGUUAACCAUAACUCCCUCGAGGGAACAGUUCCCGCGGGACUCUGGGGGUUACCGAAGGUUGAGAUCAUCGACUUAGCCAACAACAACUUCGAAGGUCCGAUUACCGCCGAUAUAAAGAACGCGAAAACGCUCGGAGCGUUGUAUCUAGGGUUCAACAAGUUCUCUGAUGAGCUGCCUGAGGAGAUUGGUGAGGCUGAAGCUCUGACUAAACUCGAGCUUAACGAUAAUUGGUUUUCCGGGAGGAUUCCGAGCUCCAUCGGGAAGCUUAAGGGGCUUAGUAGUUUAAAGAUGCAGAGCAAUGGCUUUUCCGGGGACAUACCGGACUCUAUCGGGUCGUGUUCGAUGCUCAGCGAGCUGGACAUGGCUCAAAAUGAGUUGUCGGGAGAGAUCCCGCACACGCUGGGAUCUCUUCCGACGCUCAACGCUUUGAAUCUUUCGGACAACAAGCUCUCUGGGAAGAUUCCAGAGAGCUUGUCGUCUCUGAAGCUUAGCCUUCUUGAUCUUUCGAACAACGGGUUAUCAGGUCGGGUUCCUCUGAGUUUGUCAUCGUAUAGCGGUAGCUUCGACGGCAAUCCUGGACUCUGCAGCACGACGAUCAAAUCGUUUAACCGGUGCACGAGUUCUUCGGGAUCGCAUCGAGACACUCACGUCUUUGUGCUGUGUAUAGUUUUCGGUUUACUGAUCUUGAUUGCGUCUCUUGUGCUUUUCUUGUACCUCAAGAAAACCGAGAAGAAGGAAAAGCAAACCCUGAGACGUGAAUCUUGGAGUAUAAAGUCGUUCCGAAGGAUGAGUUUCACUGAAGAUGAUAUCAUCGGUUCGAUCAAAGAAGAGAACUUAAUCGGUAGAGGAGGUUCUGGCGAUGUGUACAGAGUAGUACUCGGUGACGGCAAAGAGCUAGCAGUCAAAUACAUUCGUCGUAGUAGCACUGACACGUUUACUCAGAAGAACUUCAGCAGCACGAUGCCGAUUCUCAAGGAAAACGAAGGAAGAUCGAAGGAGUUUGAAAGAGAGGUGCAAACACUAAGCUCAAUAAGGCACUUAAACGUGGUGAAACUGUAUUGUAGCAUCACUAGCGAUGACUCGAGCUUGCUGGUGUAUGAGUAUUUGCCUAAAGGGAGCUUGUGGGACAUUCUUCACUCGUGUGAGAAGUCGAAUCUCGGUUGGGAAACACGGUAUGAUAUUGCUCUUGGUGCAGCGAAGGGACUAGAGUACUUGCAUCAUGGAUACGAGAGACCGGUGAUUCACCGUGAUGUUAAGUCAAGUAACAUAUUACUAGAUGAGUCCUUCAAGCCUAGGAUUGCUGACUUUGGUCUUGCCAAGAUUCUCCAAGACAAAAAUGGUGGUCUAGAUUCAACUCUUGUUGUUGCGGGAACAUAUGGUUACAUGGCUCCAGAGUAUGGAUACUCGUCGAAAGUGAAUGAGAAAUGCGAUGUGUAUAGCUUUGGAGUUGUGUUAAUGGAGCUAGUCACGGGGAGAAAACCGAUAGAGGCGGAGUUUGGAGAGAGCAAAGACAUAGUGGAUUGGGUUAGUAACAAUCUGAAUAGCAAAGAGAGUGUAAUGGAAGUUGUGGACAAGAACAUUGGGGAAAUGUAUAGAGAAGAUGCAGUCAAGAUGCUGAGGGUUGCAAUCCUCUGCACGGCAAGACAACCUGGACGAAGGCCAACGAUGAGGAGUGUGGUUCAGAUGAUCGAGGACGCGGAACCGUGUAGAUUGAUGGGCAUUGUGAUUAGUAAAGAGGUGAUGUGAAGACCAAAGAAAUAAGUUGAUGAAGGACCAAGUCUCACUCACUCUUUUGGGUCACUAUGAAACUUAGGAGGUUUAGAUGGAGAAUGUGAUUCUAGUCCUGGUUAUGAAAAUCUUAGGUAACGUUAUGAACUCGGAUGUAAACUAUUUCUUGUAAUGAUAGAGAUUUUUGUAUGAUGUUUUGGACUUAGUUAAUGAAGGUCAACAAACAACUACAAUUA